GGCCCCCCCGCUCCGGCGGCGCACGGAGAGCGCUGGAUCCGCACCGCCGGAGCCGCACCGAGCGGCCGCGGGCUCCCGCCGACCCCGGAGGAGGUGAAGGGCGCCCGGCUCCCCCCUGCAUCCCCCCGCGCCGGCUCUCCCUGCACCCCCUUUCCCGGGCAUCUCCCGUGCACUCUCCGUGCGCCCCUUUUCCCCUUCACCCCUUCCCUGCGCGUUCGCGGUGCGCUCCUCGCUGACCUCUCCGUCCACCCCCUUCUCCUUUGCAUCCCUUCUGUGCUCCCCACCGCAUUCUGCCUGCACCCCCUUUCCCCGUGCAUCCCUUCUGUGCUCUCCAGCGUGCUCUCCCUGCACCCCCUUGUCCUUUGCAUCCCUGCUGCACUCCCCGCUGCACUCCCUGCACCCCCUUUGCCCCUAUAUCCCUUCUGCACUCCCCAGGUGCUCUCUGUGCACCCCUUCUUCCGUGUAGUCCCCGAUCCACCCCUCACUGACCUCUCCGUGCACCCCUUUCCCCUGCACUCCCACACCCUCUGUGCCUGCCCAGUGCCUUCUCCACGCGUUCUCCCCCCAUCCAUCCCCUCUCCGUGGACUCCCGGCCAUGAACAGCUCCACAGCAGGCUCCGAGGGGGGCUGGCAUCCCGAGUCCGUGAUCAUCCCCCUGGUGUACCUCGUCAUCUUCCUCGUGGGCACGGUGGGCAACAGCCUGGUCCUGGCCGUGCUGCUGCGCAACGGGCAGGUGCAGAACACCACCAACCUCUUCAUCCUCAACCUGGGGGUGGCCGACCUCUGCUUCAUCCUCUUCUGCGUCCCCUUCCAAGCCACCAUCUACACCCUGGAGGGGUGGGUGUUUGGGCCCUUCAUGUGCAAGGCUGUCCACUUCUUCAUCUACCUCACCAUGUACGCCAGUAGCUUCACCCUGGCCACCGUCUCCCUCGACAGGUAUUUGGCCAUACGAUAUCCCCUGCACUCGAGGGAGCUGAGGACGCCCCGGAACGCCCUCAUGGCCAUUGGCCUCAUCUGGGGGCUUUCCUUCAUCUUCUCUGGCCCUUACCUCAGCUACUACCAGGAAUUCCAGCUGGCCAACCUGACCGUGUGCCACCCCAUCUGGGAGAUCUCCCAGCGCAAGGUCAUGGACAUCUGCACCUUCGUCUUCAGCUACAUCAUCCCGGUGCUGAUCCUGAGCCUCACUUACGUGCGGACUAUUCGCUACCUGUGGAAGUCCGUGGACCCUCUCCAAGACAUGUCCGAGUCCAAGAAGGCCAAACGGAAGGUCACCAGGAUGAUCAUCAUUGUGGCCGUGCUGUUCUGCCUCUGUUGGCUGCCCCACCACCUGGUCAUCCUCUGCGUCUGGUUCGGGUACUUCCCCCUCAACCACUCCACGUACGUGCUCCGCAUCCUGUCGCACGUCAUCUCCUACGCCAACUCCUGCGUCAAUCCCAUCGUCUAUGCCCUGGUCUCCAAACACUUCCGCAAGGGCUUCAAGAAGAUCUUCAGCUGCCUCCUGCACAAGAAGGCAGCCCACAGGGUGCACGUGGCCCAGGUGACCAACACCGUCAGCACGCUGGAGGCAGAGCUCAGCGAGGUGACCCAGCUCAGCGAGGCCCUGCCCGGCCGCUCCGCCACACGCUGCAGGGUCCCAGCCCAGCCCUGGGGGGAGCUGGAGCUGGUGGGACAGCAGCACAAAGCAGAUGGCUCCUUCGUCACCUUCAGUGUCAGCUAGCAGAGCUUCUCCCCACCCCACGGCUUUGCGGGCUCCUGCAGCAAUGGCAGGCCUGGGGACAGGCUACGUUUUGGGUUGAAAUGUGGCCAGUCGGACUCUUUCCAUUCAAGUGCACCCAGAUGUCAUAACACUGAUCAUGCUGCUGAUACAGACUCAGCCAAGCAGCUGACCGAGGAUCCAAGGUCAGGAUUUCCUUCCAUCAAGCAUUUGCUGAGAGUAGAGAUCAAACCCCCCAAAUCCACUCUGGUGUAAUCACCUGUUCCUCUGUCACGGACAGACUUAUGCCCUGUUGCAACUACACCUGGAGGUUGCUGAAAGCUCUGGUCCCUCCAACCAACACAGCAUCUGGCUGGAGUUAGUGGGGUGCUCUUUUAGGGAUAUUUGGAAAGUCUUGGUUUGUUUGUGACCUGGUACAGGAGCUGCAUCUCUGGGCACAGCCAUGUGGGCACAAACCCAGCUCAGGUAGGAAAAUCCAGGAGAGAAGCAUAGAAGGUCACCAAGGACCAGAAGGAAGGGAGGCUGUUUGCUGAGGGAGCACAGCCAUGGCCCUGCAGGAGGGGAACCUGAGUGGGACAGGACCACACUGGGGGAGGAUUUGAAUGCCUUGGACAGCUCAGGCACGGCUCAGCCUCUCAUCAAAGCGAGGUGAUUGUGGAGAAGAGCAAAGCAAAGCAGCAGCACUGCUUCCCUGGAGCCACGGUGUGGGACUGGACAGCCAGAGCCAUGUGAGAGCUGGGGGUCAUCCCCAGCCAGUCAGGAAAGCCUUAAUAAAGCCUCUUCAUCUCA